AUCAUCCGCUUUACUUUCGAAAUGGCCGCCGACACCACCACCACAGUUUACACUCCCUGGCGCCUGGCCUUCUACGAUAUCUGGGUCCUCGGCAUCGUCAGCACCUGGGCCUGGGGCUGCAGCACAGCCGCCUACCUCAUCCCACUCUUCCGCUCCAACGUGCGCAGCAACCACCUUGACAUCGGCGCCGGGACGGGGUAUUACCUACGCAAAGCCGGGAUUCCGGCCACGAGCAAGCUCACCAUCGUGGACAACGAGCGGCCGGCGCUGGACAUGGCCGUGCAGCGGUCGCGGCGGCCCGACGCGCGCGCCAUCGUCGCCGACAUCCUGAAGCCCUUGCCCCUGCCCUCAAAGGACCGUUUCGACUCCGUCUCCAUGUACUACCUGCUGCACUGCAUCCCGGCGCCCGUGCAGGACAAGUGCCGCGUCUUCGAGCUCGUCAAGCACAACAUGACGGCCGACGGCGUCAUCCACGGCGCUAAUGUGCUAGGGAAGGGCGUAAGGAAGGACAAUCGCUUCGCGGCUUUCAUCCGGCGUGGUUGCUUGAACCAUGGCGUCUUCCAUAACAGCGACGACAAUGCUUACGACUUUGAGCAUGCGCUGAGGCUGAACUUCAAGGAGGUGGAGACGUGGGUUGUUGGAUCUGUUUUCAUUUUCAGGGCCGCGAAGCCUAGAUAUGAUGACUGAAGCCGUGGGGCUGUGUGCGUCACGCAAAAUUUGGUACAUUGUUCUCCGCUCGGCUAGAUGCGAAGGAUGGAUGCGGAUGCCUAAGCAGAUUUAACUGUUGCGAUGGUCCGGAAAGAGACAUAUAGUGGUAGCAUUUGUAUGGUUCAUAGGCUGUGGAUUGGAAAAGUCUGCUUCGAUAUAGAAUAGAGAGAAAUGUUUCGAUCAAGCUCCGUAGUCAAAUUUUGGGGGUUUUUGCCUUAUUGCAACAGAACAGCUA